AUGUUGACAUUCUGUCCCAACUGUUCUAAUAUGUUACUUAUCAACACUGGCAAUGAUGGUCUUAAUAGAUUUUAUUGUUCCACUUGUCCCUAUGUUUUCAAAAUAAGUGGUCUACAGAUGUAUGAUAGAAAGAAAUUGCAUAGAAAAGAAGUUGAUGAUGUUCUUGGUGGUGAAGGUACUUGGGAUAAUGUUGAUCAAACUGCUGCCCAAUGUCCAAUAGAUUCAUGUGGUGGUGAUAAGGCAUACUUUUUCCAAUUGCAAAUUAGAUCUGCAGAUGAACCGAUGACUACUUUCUACAAGUGUGUAAAAUGUGGACAUAGAUGGAAAGAAAAUUAA